GUCCCGGCAAGGAGUCGGCGCCACCAGCAGCUGCACCGUCGGUUGCAGCACUGGAAGAUGCGGCACCUGAAGCCCGGGAGUCAAAGGCCGAAGCUACCAUGGAAUCCAAGCCAGCGCCACAGGUUUCUGUUGCCGCUGCAGCGGUCGUGGAGACAGCGGACUGA